AUGGGUCAAGGUCUUCAUGUAAAAACUAUUCAAGUAGCGGCUGAAAUAUUACAGAUUGAUGUUAACCUAAUUCAUAUUAAUGAUAUAGCAACAGAUAAAAUACCAAAUACGUCAUCGACAGCCGGAUCAGCAUCCUCAGAUUUAUAUGGACAAGCAACUAAACAGGCAUGUCAACAAAUAAAUGAGCGAUUAAAACCAUUAAAAGAAGAAUUUCCGACAUAUAAUUGGUUUGAAUUAAUAAGCAAAGCAUACUAUGAACGAAUAAACCUAUCUGCAGAAGGCUUUUAUAAAACAUCUAAUGUUACCGAUGUUGAUUUUGAAAAUAGUUUUGCGUCAUAUCCAUAUUUUACAACUGGUUGCGCUUGCUCAGAAGUUGAAAUUGAUACAUUAACAGGCGAUUUUCAUAUUUUAAGAACAGAUAUUCUUAUGGAUUUUGGCUUAUCAAUGAAUCCGAAUAUUGAUGUUGGACAAAUCGAAGGUGCAUUUAUGCAAGGAGUCGGUAUGGUGACAAUGGAAGAAUUAAUAUGGGGUGAUGAGCAACACAAAUGGUUAGAGCCAGGGUCUUUAUUCACCCAAGGACCAGGAACAUAUAAAAUACCGUCGUUUAAUGACGUGCCAAUUGAUUUUCGUGUUAGUUUAUUUAAAGAUGCACCAAAUCCAUUUGCCGUUUUCUCAUCAAAAGGUGUGGGUGAACCAGCAUAUCCUUUAUCGAACACUGUUUUCUUUGCUAUUAAAAACGCAAUUGAAUCCUAUCGUCGUGAUAAUGGUUUAAAUAAGUGCUUUGUAUUAAAUAGCCCAGCAACAUGUGAAAAAAUACGUAUGGCAUGUGCAGAUGAUUUUACAAAGCAAAUAGUUGGUGCAGAAAAAUAUGAAAAUUUUCAACCAAACGGAAGUUUUUGA